AGAAACCAUAAUCACUCAUCAAAAAACCAGACCAACCCAAAACAAAACAAAACAAAACCAAACCCAAAACAAAAACGCUCCUAACAUGCUCUGUUCUUCUUCUCAUCAUUCCUUUCUUCCUCAGUACACCACACCAAUUCACUCCCUUUUCUUCAAUACUCACCUACCCUUUUCUCUUUGUCAAACUCCUCUCUCUUCUCUCUCAUUUCUAGCUCUCAAAAUCCACACUUUUCACCUCAGAACUUAGCUUCUCUUCUCUCUCAAAACUAUGAAUGCUGUACGGACACAACCCAUUUGUUUCUUUCUUUUUCUUCUUAUUUUUCAAGUAAACUCUGUUUUUUCAAACACAACAACAACCCCAAUGAACUGUACUGACACGACACGACUCUGCACUUCGUUUUUGGCCUUCAAGCCUGAACCAAACCAGACGAUGGAUGUGAUCCAGUCUAUGUUUGAUGUUCUCCCAAACGACAUAACAGUUGAACCAAGCAACAGCCUUGACAACGGUCACAGCGGCUUUAAAUUCAACUACCUUUUCAUCAGGAAAAACUGUUCUUGUUUAUACACCCCGAGAGAGUACGCCACAAACACAACUUUCACGGUGAGAUCCAACGUGGGGUUUGUGAACGACAUAGCGUUGGAGGCCUAUGAUGGGUUGGCUUUCAAUUUGCCCAAUACGACACGUAAGGCCAGGGUUGGGGCUGUCGUUUCGUUGAGGCUCUUCUGUGGCUGCUCCAGUGGGUUGUGGAAUUACUUCAUGAGUUAUGUGAUGAGAGAUGGGGAUAGUGUGGAGUCUUUGGCAAGUCGUUUUGGUGUCACUAUGGAGAGUAUUGAGCAAGUGAAUGGGAUUGACAAUCCUGAUAAUGUCACUGUGGGUGCUUUGUAUUAUAUUCCUUUGAAUUCAGUCCCCGGUGAGCCUUAUCCUUCGACGAUUGAUAUCCCUCCUGCUCCUGCUCCUGCUCCAUCGGUAGACGAUAUCUCAGUACAUCAAGAGAACCAUAAGGCUCACAUACCAUAUGGAUGGAUUAUUGGGGGUUUAGGGAUUGGUCUUGCAUUGAUUAUAUUAAGCGCAGUUGUUUUUCUUUCCUUGAGGUCAUCAAAAUGCUUUUCUGAAGCCCGAAAUAGUCACACAAAAGAUUCUGAUGGCAAAGUUUCUCAUAAGUUUCAAAUUCUACGAAAGCCAAGUUUCUGUUGUGGUUCAGGAAGGUAUGUUUGCUGCAAGUCUGGGGAUUGGAAGCAAACCAAUGGGGAACCUAGCAACCACCAGACUACCAUUCCCAAAGCUCUAGGGACUGAUGUCUUUGACAUGGAAAAGCCCACGGUUUUCACAUAUGAAGAAAUUUUUUCCUCAACUGAUGGAUUCUCUGACUCAAGUCUUCUUGGGCAUGGAACUUAUGGUUCUGUGUAUUUUGCCCACCUUCAUGACCAGGAAGUUGCUAUUAAAAGAAUGACGGCGACAAAAACUAAAGAAUUUAUGGUAGAGAUGAAAGUCUUGUGCAAGGUUCAUCAUACAAAUCUGGUAGAAUUGAUUGGUUAUGCGGCUACUGAUGAUGAAUUCUUCCUUAUAUACGAAUUUGCCCAAAAGGGUUCCCUUAGAAGCCAUUUACAUGAUCCUCAGAGCAAGGAUCAUACGUCACUUUCUUGGAUCAUGAGAGUUCAGAUUGCCCUUGAUGCUGCUAGAGGUCUUGAAUACAUCCAUGAGCACACCAAAAGUCAUUAUGUACAUCGAGAUAUCAAGACAAGCAACAUCUUACUUGAUAGUAGCUUCAGGGCAAAGAUUUCAGAUUUUGGAUUGGCAAAACUUGUUGGAAAAAAAGGUGAGGGAGAAGCAUCAACAACCAAAGUUGUUGGCACAUACGGUUAUCUGGCUCCAGAAUACUUGAGUAAUGGUCUUGCCACAACCAAAAGUGAUGUCUAUGCAUAUGGUGUUGUUCUUUUUGAGCUUAUAUCUGGAAAGGAGGCGAUUAUACGAACAGAAGGCAUCAUGAUGAAAAAUCCUGAAAGACGCUCACUGGCAUCCAUUAUGUUAGGAGCUCUAAGGAACUCCCCUGACUCCAUGAAUAUGUCAAGCAUGAAGGAUUACAUUGAUCCAAAUAUGAUGGAUCUUUAUCCUCAUGACUGCCUAUUUAAGUUGGCCAUGCUGGCAAAGCAAUGUGUGGAUGAGGAUCCUAUUCUUCGUCCUGACAUGAAGCAGGUUGUGAUAUCUCUGUCUCAGAUUCUCCUGUCCUCUGUGGAGUGGGAAGCAACUCUUGCUGGGAACAGCCAAGUAUUCAGUGGCCUUGUCCAAGGAAGAUAGUGCAUAGUGGAGCAAGUUUCGUUUCAGCCCACGUACUACUUUUGAUGUAUUCUUUUCUUUUCUUUAUUCAGCUUGUGGCCUACAUAUCCAUAUCAAUUAUUUGUGUAUAGUAGCUGAGGUAGUCCAGUAAAGUGGUAAAGAUGGCAGUAUGCAUCAUCUUUUUUUGUCUUCUGCUAUCAUUUUUAAUCUUUCAAAUGUUGUAUUCUUUUUGAAGUUAGCGUGAGAAAAUUUCGAUGUAAAAUGUGGCUGAGGGUGUGUGUCGUUCUGUAACACAAACUAUUUAAGCAGUUCAUUUUGACAGCAUUUUCAUCUUUA